AUGUGCCUUGUAGUCAGACAUGUACAGCUACCUUACCGUUCAGAUGGAUCAGCACCCCGUUUGGCGCCGCGAGGCACAACCUCGUCUCUAGCGCGAACGGCUCGCAACGCCACCAACCGCAACUCGACGUCAACUACGUCACAAAAGCCACCAUCUAGAAACACGACGCCGUCUAAGCCCAAAUCCGCACCUAAAAGCAGUGUCCCACAAAACGAGUUAGCCGUUGAUGAUAAGAUAAUCAAAAUAUGCAGUGAAAUCGAUGUCAUUAAAGUUAAAAGUUUAGAAAAUGUGGAGAAUGACGAAGAGCACACGGUGGCCGCGUUGGCAAUGGCCGAUUCAGUUGACGUAUGCCCUAACGACACCGCGGAAUGUGACACCGAAGUGCCGCCGGUCGAUGGCGAACCCGUUGAUGUGCAGGAAAAUGGCAGUGAAACUGCCAAAUCCACGAAUGAUGAUGAAAACAGAAACCAAAUAGACGGUGAUUUAACCCAAAUACCAGAGAACGAAAAGGUUGAAGUUGGGCAUUCUUCGAUCGUUAGUCGUCCUCAGACCCCAAAGAGCGGACUAUCAAAUCUGUCACGAUCAUCUCCACGAGUGCAGAGCCGCCCAGUGACGCCGGUAAAGCCAACCAGACCUGUAACAACACACAGACACCAGCUAAUAAUACACAGUUAUCCAAAACAAGUAACGGACAGGAGGACGUUCACUGCCAUAUUUUGUGCGAAGCAGAAAGAGUUUCAUCGCAUGAAGAAGGAACUCGAUUUGAAGCAGAAAACAAUAUUGGAGACGUUUAACAUUUUGAAAAGUUUACAUGACCGUAUGUUGAAAGAGGGGAAAACCGGUGAGGGCGAGGUUUUGUACCAGCGAGAGCUUGUGAUGUUUAACGUUGCUGACUGGGCAGGUGAAGAGGUGGCCCAAUUAUGUCGUAGUUCCCACCAUAGUUCCGAAGGAGCAGGAGAACUGAUCAACACUUUCACGCCUAUUGAUGAAGAGUUUUUGUCAAAAUGGGAAAUUAAAGUGUUGAACAUACCCAACAGUUUCGGGGAUCUGUGCAUACAGGCAUUCACGACACGUCAAGAAGUUGUUGACUGGGUGAAAGUUAUUGUAGAAAAUGAAGAUGCAGUAAAUGAUGAGGACCUAAGCCGCAUAACCAUUUACAACGAAGAAGGAGUUCAGCUUUGCGACAUUCUACGCGAGCUCAAAACUCAAGCAGAUGAGUCAUUACGUGAAGUAACGCAGCUUUUGAAGCAAACGUGUCAGGAACGCAGUAUUUUAAUAACCGUAGCAGAAUCAUUAGUGAAGGAGUUAGCACAUUUACGAAAGGACAUAGCGUUGCACACUGCCGCGACUAUGGAAUUGAGUUCAAUAAAUGCAGUAGAUACUGAAACCACAAAAGCUUUAGAGGAUACCCGCCGUGAAUUGGAAGAGGAGCGUGCUGCUAAAGCCGCCCUUAAAGACAAGCUGUCAACAACAGAGUCACAAUUGCGACAAACACGCUUAAGAGUGAAUAAAAUGGAUCGUCAGUUGCGUGAGGCGGAAGCGAGUAUUUCCAGUCUUACGGGCACUGUAAAGUCACUCGAAGAUCAGAGUCGUCAAAAAGAAGUACAACUUGAGGCACGUGCUAGAAAGUUGAAGGAAUCUCUGAAGACGGGUGAGAUAACCAACAAUCAUAUAAUACAAGAACGUGACGCACUUCAAAACGAGCUUACACAACUGAAAGGACAGUUAGAAAAGACUAUGAUUGAAAAUAAGGCAACGGUACAAGAUUUAAACAAUCAACUAAGAGAUCUUAAAACCGCUUUGGAAGCGGAGAGAACUAAAAAGCAGGAAGAAAUCACAAUGAGAAACAUGUUCGAGGAAUCUUAUAGGGAGAGCUUAAAUACGAUCGAAGAACUUAAAGCCCAAAUAGAAGAACUUGAUCGAAAGAAACAAAAUCCCGAUCUUCCAACUGAAAGGGAAGUGGAAUUAAGAGCGGAAAUAAUCGCAACCAAAGAGACAUUACGCUUAACGGAAGAAGAAAUUAUUGCAUGCAAACGCGAAAAAGUUCGCUUUUUAGAGACGCUUACCAAAAUCGCUGAAACCGACAACAAAAUGGGAAUGCACCAGAAACUGGCCACGGAGCUUCUUAACAAGGAAGAAAUAAUGAGCAAGAUGCAAACACAAAUUCGGGAAUUGACUAAAAGCAUUAAAUUAAACGAACAAAAAGUAAUCCAGUACGAGCAAUAUGUUAGAGAUAUGCAAAUGUAUAAUCAAGCAUCUGGAAAUUGUCUUGAGAGUUCUGAUGGUGCUACUUUUCAAGAAUUGCAACAAGAGAUAAUGCACCUCAGAAUGGGACUACUGGAAGCAGUUCAUAGGAACGAGGAGUUAACGGAGAUCUUGAUGCAGAGGGACCAGCAGCUUGAACAACAGAACAAGACAUCACGUGCCCAGGCAAAGGUCCGCGAAGAGUUAAUCAAUAUGCUGAAGAAUAAGGAGACGGAACAAAGUCGUGAGCUAUCCAUGCUACAACAGGACCUAGCAAAUCGAAUGAAAAUUGUAGAAGAAGUGAACAAGCAAAUAGCUGCAAAGGCGGAGGAGAUUCAAGAACUUUUUUCAACUUUGGAAAAUAAGCAGCAGCAAAUCCAUCGACUGGAGAAGAUCGUGAUAGCCUUGGAGGAGCAACAGAGGCGGGCUCAAGCACAACGCACUCGCCAUGAGGAGAAAAUCGCAGCGCUGGAGCACGAGCUGGCUGCUGGUGGCAACAGGCGAGAACGACGGGGCAAAGAAGAACCUAAUAUGCACAUUAUAAGC